AAAAUGCUGAGUCAAAUAGUUUAGGGAGUCAGUAUAACUUUUCGUGCUUCCACUGCAAAAUGAAGUAUUCAAUAGUUUUCGUGGUUUUGGUUGGGACAUUUGCUGGCUUUGCCAAGACAUCACCUGCACCUCCUUGUCCCGUUGACAUCGCAGUCGAAGCCUACUUCUCAGACAGCGACUGUUCCAAAUUUUGGCAAUGCGCAGCCGGAAUACCGUACCAAUUGUCCUGUGCUACCGGUUUGAACUUCAACCCUACUUUAAACGUAUGCGACUGGCCAGAUUCAGCUGGAUGUACUGGAAGAGGUUGGUCUAACACCACAACUACCACAACUGAGGCUACUACCACUAGUACUAGUAUUACUACUGCUAGACCCUCUACUACUCCUACAACUACUACCACCACCAGUACAACACCCGCUACUCGUACAACGACUACCACUCGUACAACCUCUACAACUACUACCACGACCACGCCAAGGCCUACUAUGACUACGACCACCCGUAAACCAUGUAUACCAAACCCUUGGUGGCCAUGGUGGUGCAUGAAUCCAUAUUAAAAACCAACUCUUUUCCAGCCCUCUCGCUUAAUUUAUUUAAUUUAUUGCAAUAAAAACAAACCACGUUCUUAACUUUUUUUUUAUUUUGUUGUCAAGCAAGAAAAAGUACCCACACCUUUACGCAUUCUACUCUAUAUAAUAGAGAUUGAAAACUGCAGGUCAUAGGAAUAGAGACGUCUACAAUAUACUUCCGGAACUGUUGAUUAGAUAAAGUACCUACAGUUUAUGGAAAAUAAUUCAUAGUUACCCAGUUGAUGCCGAUACAAACGAAAUAUCUACAAUGUUGUUAUUUUCCUAUAUUUUUAUCAACUUAAUUAUAAUAUUAAGGAUGAUGUCAAUUAUUAUUUUAAACAAUAGAAAAACUAAAACACGCAUACACGAUUUUAAAACAAUAUGUAAUAACUAACAAUCCUCCUUAUUGCUGAAAAACGGUUACAAACAGGACGUACCAAACUUGGUAAUACAUAAUACAAACGAUAGGUUAUAAACGAAGCUUUUUAUUUAUUUACUUUUGAAGCCAUCUACUUAAUUAUUGCACUAAGUUUUGCACACAUCUAUAUGGACCUGUGUAAAUAAAAAAAAACACUUGUUCGAAAGUUGUUUCUCAAUUUGAAUAACAAAACUUAAAUAAUGUUAGUUUGGUUGUACCCGACUAUUAUUCGCUUGAUAUUGACAGGGCAAAUCCACAUGGAUACGUGAUCACGUGUUUUCGUGCAUAAAUCAAGUACAUGUAAAAAUGGUUCAUUCACAAUAGCAAUUCGUGAUAAGGAUAAGGGACGAGUUGUCAUACUGUGGAGUGUUGUAAAAAGAAAGUUACCUAAGGUCCAAAUAGAUAUAAGGACGCAACUACCUAUCUGCUUUAAUACUGGAAUAAUGUACUAUAUAAUAUAGGUACUUCACCUACGACCAGACGAAUUUUUUUGUUUCCAUUUUCUAAUGGCCACUGCAAGUUGCAGAAGUAAAAGUAGGCUGUGGCAAUUUCAUUGCAACACAUACAGAUCCAACUAGUAUCCUAUUUAUACAAGCUGAUUGGUCUAUGCCCUGCCCUCUACGUUACCAUUCAAACACACACAUUGACAUCUGGAAGCAGUUGUUCCCCUA